UUUGCAUGUUAGGCAAUAAAUGUAAUUGCUUGUAUGAUAUUGCAUGAUAGCAAAGUUGUUAUGCAUUUUAUUAAAGUAAGAACGAUCACUUUGAACUAUACCAUAUAUACAUCAACAUAAUCCAUUUACUGGAAUGAUUUAAUUUGACAUAAAAUUGAACGGAAAGAAUGAAUUCUAUGUAUUUGUAAUUACAUUCUUUUUUUUAAGUAUUCAAGAAAGAUUUUCAACAAGACUUCCUCAGACCGUCGUUUAGUUUGUACAGAAAUUGAGAUUAUGCCCAUAUAUUUUAAUAACGUAGUAUUCGGCUAUAUAUAUAUAUAAAAUUCAUUCUCUAGUUCACCACCAAUUAAGCGCUCCUUCUUUCAAAUAUGAUAAAAUAUGCCUGGUAUGCUGCAAAAUUAGUAGAAGAGAGAACCUUUUUUUCAAAUGUCAACAAAAUCUGCUUUCCAAUAACGCUUGGAAAGCAAAACUGUAGCGUCUGUAAAGAAAUUUCUUUUAUAAAAUGUGCCUGGUGUAUAUCUGGAUACGAGCAAAGUACUAAACAUUCAGGGACACCCUGUAUAAUUUCGCACACGCAUUUAUAUUUCACGUUCGAAAAUCGGACUGUCGAUCCUUUACGGUGUUAUGAAAAGAAAACAUAACAUAUCUCUCCCUUCGACCUUUGUAAGCAGUCUUGACGCGAUUUCUGUACUUUAGUAUGAAACGACAGUUUAACGUGCGCGGACGUGUUGAUCAUAUAAUAUUCGGACAUAAUGCCGACAUUGCGAGCCAAAAUAUGGGAACAUUUUAAAAAAUUAAAAAAACUAGAAGAUUCAACUUUCGAAAUAAACUCCAGAUAUUGUGACAACGUAUCUGUUAAAGCAGCAAGUCGAACGUCACUAAUGACACACAUGCGUAUUCAUAUGCAGUCGUGUCAUCAAAACCGUGCCGACGAACUCCGCGACGAACAAGACGACCGCAAAUUGCCGAGGGACUUAGCAAGUCAAUUUAUGUUACAUAAUUAUUAUGGCAAAUGCACGAAUUGUGGUACCGGCCGGAUAAACUGCAUACGCAGUUUUAACAAACUGUAUCAGCACCGAUGUCCCAACCGAUUAUUCGUUCACUCCAUCACAGUCCACAAUGGCAAGCAACAAUGGCGCCAUUAAAAAAACUAAUUUGAUCAAAAAAAAUCGAAAUGUUCAAAAGGAACGCGCCCUAAAAUCAAUAA